CGUGAAAAUUGGAGCGCGUCUACCGGAGACGAGCAAAGCUUGGGAGAAAGUGAUCAUAAACCUGCUCCAAAUGGAACACAGCAAACACCUCAUCUUGAACCAGGAAGCCAAAAUAAGGAGACUGAAGCAAACAUAUUCCCUGAAGGAGAGGCAGAGGCAGAGGCCGACCUCGAGAAGAACGGCGCAGCACCCAAAUCAACGCCAGCUCCAGGUGGUGUCAACCCAGCCGAUUUUCCAGAUGGAGGCUUCGAAGCAUGGCUGGUGGUUCUAGGUGGAUGGCUCUGCUUAUUCUGCUCCUUUGGAUGGAUAAACUGUAUAGGCGUUUUCCAGGACUACUAUCAAACACAUCCGCUUAGCCAGUACUCGUCCAGUACUGUUUCUUGGAUUCCCUCUAUGGAAGUGUUCAUGAUGUUUCUUGGUGGUCCAGUAUUUGGCAAGGUAUUCGACAACUACGGCCCUCGCUAUCUGCUCCUCAUUGGCUCCUUUUUCCACGUCUUUGGUCUAAUGAUGACUUCACUUUCAACCCAGUACUAUCAAUUCUUUCUGGCACAGGGUGUCGUUAGCGCUCUAGGUGCCAGCGCCGUCUUCUAUCCCGCAAUGACUUGUGUUGGUCAGUGGUUCUUUAAGAACCGCGCAGCAGCCUUUGGAAUCAUGGCAUCCGGCUCUUCCCUUGGGGGAGUGAUAUUUCCCAUAAUGGUCACAAAACUUAUCCCGCGAAUUGGUUUCCCGUGGACAAUGAGAGCAGCCGCCUUUAUGAUCAUGGGCAUGCUGAUUAUAGCCAACCUCGCUGUGAAAGCUCGCCUGACCCCAAAACCAAAGCCCCUCAUCCUGCUGGAGUUUGUUCGCCCCUUGAGAGAACCCGCUUUCGCUCUGAUUUGCGUGGCGGCAUUCAUGUUCUUCUUCGGCACCUUCUUGCCUUUUAAUUUCGUCAUUCUUCAAGCUCAAAAGAAUGGAAUGUCAACAAAUCUCUCCAACUACCUACUGGCUGUUUUGAACGGUGCCAGUAUCUUUGGACGAAUCCUUCCAGGAAUCAUUGCAGAUCGUGUCGGCCGCUUCAACGUCAUGAUUAUCACUUCGGCAUUUUCUGCCAUCAUCGUGCUGGGUCUCUGGCUUCCGUCGUCAAGCAAUGCACCUAUCCUUGUGUUCUCCGCGCUUUACGGAUUCUCGUCUGGGGCAUUCGUCUCUCUGUCUCCCUCGCUCGUCGCGCAGAUCUCACCGAUUCGAGAAAUAGGCGUUCGUACUGGGACGUUCUUCCUCUGCGUCGCUUUCGCAGGCUUGACCGGCAGCCCCAUCGGCGGCGCUCUGCUCAGCCAAGACAAUGGGGAAUUCCGUUAUCUGCAGAUAUUCUGUGGUGUAACAAUGGUUGCGGGAACAAUUGUGUUCGUGGCUAGUCGAUGGGUGCAAUGUGGUUUCAAGUUGAAGGUCAUUUAA